AUGUAUGGCACGUCUCAUUCCUUAUCCACAAUGAAUGGUAUGGGGGAUAUUGUCGAUGGCUCGGGAACCAUCGACCCUGCGAACUUGAGUAACUCCGUCGCUCUUACCCUGCCCGCACCUUCCCAUUCAAUAGCAAGCCCCCGUGGUGUCAAGCGUAGUCGCACACCAGAGCACAGUGGGAAUGGACGCGCCGAACGGGAUCAGGAUGAUGAGGAACAAUCCCGUCGCAAGCGUGGUCGUCCCCCAAAGACGCCACGAGCAAGCUCCAAUGAACAGGCAAUCGCAAAUACUUCUAUCCAGACUCCACAAAUGCAAGCACGCCCGCUACCUCAAUCUACCGCCGGGUCGCCACCUCUUGCAUCGCCGGAUAGUAGGGUGACACCAACAAAAUCACUUAUCAAGGCACUCCCUACUGUCAGGGACCAUACGUCAGACCAACUGAAUCCAGAGGGUGAUGAGUACAUACCGAAGGAGUUCGACGAGGCAGGAGAAACCAAGGUAGAUCCUAUGGGAUACCUGCAGGGUAGCCGUGAAUACAAAUGCCGAACAUUCCGCGUUCCACUUAGGGGCACCAAGCUAUUCAUGCUUGCGACUGAAUGUGCAAGGGUGUUGAAUUAUCGAGACUCAUAUCUUCUGUUCAACAAAAAUCGUUCAUUGCAUAAGAUCAUCGCCUCCCAGAUUGAGAAGGACGACCUUAUCCAACAAGAUAUCUUGCCGUAUUCCUACCGGUCCCGUCAAAUCGCCAUCGUUUCUGCCAGGUCCAUGUUUCGACAGUUCGGGAGCCGGGUCAUUGUCAAUGGCCGUAGAGUUCGGGAUGACUACUGGGAGAGCAAAGCGAGGAAGCAGGGCUUUACGGAAGAUGACCUAGCUGGAGAGAAACGCCCCGGGGCCGCCAAGGCUCGAGAUGGUUUAAACUCGGAACCCGCCACAAAUACGUUGCCUGCGCUUCCCCACAACGAUGUUGUCUACAGCAAUACCCUGGAACCGUUGCCUCCUGGUCUUUCACUGGAUGUUGGUGACUCUAUUUCCUUGGCCCCUCUCCCGAUGAUUCAUAUGGCGACAACAGAUGAUCCGCGACUGCGGGAUUACGCUGUCAUGCCUCGCACACGCCAAGAAUUGACUGGGCAACCUUACCACGACCGCACGCAAACGAGUUCGGCAGCCGACCUUAUCAAUCAAGCCCAGCACACGGCAGAUUUCAACAAAGUACUCAGCAGUCAACGAAGCUUUCGUCAAAAAGGUCUAGACGAAUUUUACUCUAAGCCACGCGAGCCUCCGGUUUCAGAGGCUCAGUCUAGCACCGCCCUUGAAACAGGGUUAUCUGUGUCGCAACCUGUCCAGGUAUCUCAAGUUCCCCAGGCGGGCAUGCCAAAUCAAGUCCAUCCCCAGCAACAUAUGCUCCCUCAGCAGGUUCCCUUGCAGACUGGUCCAAGUAUGGUUGGGCAACAAAACUAUUCUCAGCAACAUCAUACUCAGUCCGUCGGGCAGUCUCCCCUCAGAAUGCCACCAAACAUGCAACCCGGCCUCAUGCAACAGCGAUCUAACCCGUCUAUGGCUGGGGGUAUGCCCCAAGCUCCUUCAUAUGGAUAUCCCGCCCAGCAGCAGCAACAGAUGUGGGGGCAGCCGCCGCCACAGCCACAGCAGUCUCCUUUGCCGUCUUCGGGUCACCAAAGUGUCGGAAUGCCUCAGUAUGGUCAACAAAUGUCUGCAGCCCCACAACAAAGUCCAUCACCUAUUGGUCAUCACCCACAACAGCAGCAACAGCAUCACCACCAGUCUCCUCGCAACCAACAACGUCAGUCAAUACCGCAGAUGCCACAACAGUUCGCUCAGAUGCAGCAUCCCCAAGCGGCGUCACCUCAAGGCAUACAGGGCAUGGGAUAUCCGGGAGGCGCACCAGCCGGCUAUCCGGGCAUGGCACGAGCCAUGUAUCCACCGAACCAGGCUCCGAGUGGUCAGCAAUUCAUGACUGGAAACCCCCAACAGGCGGGACUUGCAAUGGGCAUGAGCGGCAAUGGUAUGCCUGGGUGGCCCUCUGGCCCUGGCGGACAGAUGCAGCCUGGACAACCUCAGCCGGGUCAGUCUGGCAGUCCGUUGGGCGGUUGGAACUACUAG